GGUGACAAGCAAGAUGUCGGCUGUCGGUGGCUGUGAGCGGUUGGUGAGAGGAACAUCUCCGUGAUAGGAGCUCCGCGAAGGCGGCUGAGAGAAGCCCAGUCGGGGAGCGAGUUUGAGGCGACGGCGGCGGACCGGGCGGGGCCGGGCUUGGGCGCCGAGGGAGCCCCGGCCGCGGGGCGUGACUGUUGGGAGCCUGGGGGAGCGGGGAGUGUGAGGUGUCGGACGCCGGUGAUGCCCCGCAGCCCCCGGGGAAGCCGGGAAGCCGAAUUCCGCGGGAUCGCUUCAUGCCGCCCACUGGUUUAGAGCCCGCCAGAAUGAACAGGAAGAAAGGAGACAAGGGCUUUGAAAGCCCCAGGCCGUAUAAAUUAACCCAUCAGGUCGUCUGCAUCAACAACAUAAACUUCCAGAGAAAAUCUGUUGUGGGAUUUGUGGAACUGACUAUAUUUCCCACAGUUGCGAACUUGAAUAGAAUCAAGUUGAACAGCAAACAGUGUAGAAUAUACCGAGUAAGGAUCAAUGAUUUAGAAGCUGCUUUUAUUUAUAAUGAUCCAACCUUGGAAGUUUGUCACAAUGAAUCAAAACAGAGAAAUCUCAAUUAUUUUUCCAAUGCUUAUGCAGCUGCGGUUAGUGCUGUGGAUCCUGAUGCGGGAAAUGGAGAACUUUGCAUUAAGGUUCCAUCAGAAUUAUGGAAACACGUUGAUGAAUUAAAGGUCCUAAAGAUACACAUCAAUUUUUCUUUGGAUCAGCCAAAAGGAGGUCUUCAUUUUGUGGUACCCAGUGUAGAGGGAAGUAUGGCAGAGAGAGGUGCUCAUGUUUUCUCUUGUGGGUAUCAAAAUUCCACAAGAUUUUGGUUCCCAUGUGUUGAUUCAUACUCAGAAUUAUGUACAUGGAAAUUAGAAUUUACAGUAGAUGCUGCAAUGGUGGCUGUUUCCAAUGGAGAUUUGGUGGAGACAGUGUAUACCCAUGAUAUGAGGAAGAAGACCUUCCAUUACAUGCUUACCAUUCCGACAGCUGCAUCAAACAUCUCUUUGGCUAUUGGACCUUUUGAAAUACUUGUAGAUCCAUAUAUGCAUGAGGUUACUCAUUUUUGUUUGCCUCAGCUUCUUCCAUUGCUUAAACAUACCACAUCAUAUCUUCAUGAAGUUUUUGAAUUUUAUGAAGAAAUUCUUACGUGUCGAUACCCAUACUCCUGUUUUAAGACUGUAUUCAUUGAUGAGGCUUAUGUUGAAGUGGCUGCUUAUGCUUCCAUGAGCAUUUUUAGCACAAAUCUGUUACACAGUGCCAUGAUUAUAGAUGAGACGCCUUUGACCAGAAGAUGUUUAGCCCAGUCCUUGGCCCAGCAGUUUUUCGGAUGUUUCAUAUCCAGAAUGUCUUGGUCUGAUGAAUGGGUACUGAAGGGAAUUUCAGGCUAUAUUUAUGGACUUUGGAUGAAAAAAACUUUUGGUGUUAAUGAAUACCGCCAUUGGAUUAAAGAGGAACUGGACAAAAUAGUGGCAUAUGAACUAAAAACUGGUGGAGUUUUACUACAUCCCAUAUUUGGUGGAGGAAAAGAGAAGGAUAACCCGGCAUCCCAUCUACACUUUUCAAUAAAGCAUCCACACACACUCUCCUGGGAAUACUACACUAUGUUUCAGUGUAAAGCUCAUCUUGUGAUGAGAUUGAUUGAAAAUAGAAUCAGUAUGGAAUUUAUGCUACAAGUUUUCAAUAAACUGCUAAGCUUGGCUAGUACUGCUUCAUCUCAGAAGUUCCAGUCACAUAUGUGGAGUCAGAUGUUGGUUUCCACAUCUGGGUUUUUGAAAUCCAUCUCAAAUGUCUCUGGCAAAGACAUCCAGCCUUUAAUAAAGCAGUGGGUAGACCAGAGUGGAGUGGUAAAAUUUUAUGGAAGUUUUGCAUUUAAUAGGAAACGAAAUGUCUUGGAAUUGGAAAUAAAACAAGAUUAUACAUCUCCCGGAACUCAGAAAUAUGUGGGACCACUUAAAGUGACAGUGCAGGAGUUAGAUGGAUCCUUUAAUCAUACGUUGCAAAUCGAAGAAAACAGCCUUAAACAUGAUAUACCCUGCCAUUCCAAAAGCAGAAGGAAUAAAAAGAAAAAAAUUCCACUGAUGAAUGGAGAAGAAGUUGACAUGGAUCUUUCUGCAAUGGACGCUGAUUCCCCUUUGCUGUGGAUAAGGAUAGACCCAGAUAUGGCAGUAUUGAGGAAAGUAGAAUUUGAGCAAGCUGAUUUUAUGUGGCAGUAUCAGCUCCGCUAUGAGAGGGAUGUUGUUGCACAGCAGGAAUCCAUUUUGGCCUUGGAAAAGUUCCCUACUCCAGCGUCUCGGCUUGCACUCACUGACAUAUUAGAACAAGAGCAGUGUUUCUACCGAGUAAGAAUGUCAGCUUGCUUCUGCCUUGCAAAGAUUGCAAAUUCAAUGGUGAGCACGUGGACAGGACCGCCAGCCAUGAAGUCACUCUUUACUAGAAUGUUUUGUUGUAAAACUUGUCCAAACAUUGUGAAAACAAACAACUUUAUGAGCUUUCAAAGUUAUUUUCUUCAGAAGACUAUGCCAGUUGCAAUGGCUUUGUUGAGAGAUGUUCACAACCUUUGUCCCAAAGAAGUUUUAACGUUUAUUUUAGACCUAAUCAAGUACAAUGACAACAGAAAAAAUAAGUUUUCAGAUAACUAUUAUCGUGCAGAAAUGAUUGAUGCCCUUGCCAACUCUGUUACGCCUGCAGUCAGUGUGAAUAAUGAAGUCCGAACUUUGGAUAAUUUAAAUCCGGACGUGCGACUCAUUCUUGAAGAAAUCACCAGGUUUUUGAAUAUGGAAAAACUUCUUCCGAGUUAUAGACACACUAUCACUGUCAGUUGUUUGAGAGCCAUACGAGUGCUUCAGAAGAAUGGACAUGUGCCAAGUGAUCCAGCUCUUUUUAAAUCUUAUGCAGAAUAUGGCCACUUCGUGGACAUUAGGAUAGCAGCUUUAGAAGCAGUUGUUGAUUAUACUAAAGUGGACAGGAGUUAUGAAGAACUGCAGUGGCUACUUAAUAUGAUUCAGAAUGACCCUGUACCCUAUGUGAGGCAUAAGAUUCUAAACAUGUUGACAAAGAACCCGCCAUUUACUAAGAACAUGGAGUCUCCCUUAUGCAAUGAAGCCUUGGUAGAUCAACUUUGGAAACUUAUGAAUUCUGGUACCUCACAUGACUGGAGGUUACGGUGUGGUGCUGUGGACUUGUACUUCACACUUUUUGGCCUCAGUAGACCUUCCUGCUUACCCUUGCCAGAGCUUGGGUUGGUUCUCAAUCUGAAAGAGAAAAAAGCUGUCUUAAAUCCAACCAUAAUUCCAGAGGCCAUAGCAGGCAACCAAGAAGCUGCGACUAAUCCAAGUAGUCACGCUCAGCUUGUUGGAUUUCAGAACCCUGUAAGAAUCACAUGUAUUACAGAACAGGAAGAUGAUCACCUUGCCAAGGAAGCAUCAUGUAAUAUAUCAGCUCAUCAGCAGGGAGUGAAGAGGAAGGCUGAUACACCACUGGGGUCCCCACUAGAACCUGGUCAAAUACUGGAGAAGAAUGAGGAUAGCAGUAAAGUGAAACUCAAAAUCAGAUUUUCAAAUUCUCAAGAUGAGGAGGAGAUUGAUAUGGAUACUGUUCACGAUAGCCAGGCAUUCAUUUCCCAUCAUUUGAACAUGCUUGAAAGGCCUUCCACUCCAGGGCUCUCUAAAUAUCGGCCAGCUAACUCCCGAUCUGCUUUAAUACCCCAGCACUCAUCAGGCUGUGAUGGCACACCUGCCACAAAACCCCAGUGGAGUAUGGAACUUGCACGGAAAGGAACAGGUCCAAGGCUUGUGAGUUUGGGACUCCUGCUUCCUUUAUUCAUGAGCUGAGAUGAAGUCUGAGAUGGCUCCCAUAGAGCCAGCAAGCCAGAUGAUAAUUGAGAACUGGAAUGUGUUGCAGACUCAUCUGGGAGGGAUGGAAAAGUAGUGGGGGUUUAGGUAAAAUAAAGAAGGGAUGGAAACUGUUAAGUAGAGGACAGGUCAUGGUUUACUUUUUAACCUUUUUGCCCCCAAUUUUUUUUUCCUUGCAUAUGAUAAUGAGAAUAUUUUAGGGUAGGGAUGAUAUAUGUAUGGUAGUUAAGCCAUUUGGGGUAAGGAAGAAGUGGCAGGGGUAUUUUCCUUCAUUACUUUACUAUUUCUUUUCCCUCUCCUGAGGUAAGGGAAGGAAUAUGGAGAAAGGGCUGUAUGGUUCCCGUGGUGAUGGAUUGAGCACACCACGUCCUCUCCUCUCCCACUGCUGCAGCUCCCUCUCCACCGCUGCAAAGGCUGAGGUAGCUGGUCUGUCUCCCAUAUUGCUGCAGGGUUUUCAGUGAUAAGUGGAGAGGACGAGUGACAGAAACAGGAGCAGAGGGAAAUCCCUAGUGGUUUCUGUGGGGAAGAAAAGAAGGAGAGUUCCUGCAGUUGCCUGCUAGGGCUGCC